AUGGCUGACAACAGAAUGGAAUGUGAGGAAGGAUUUAAAGUCGUUGCUUCAGGGAGGAAGCGAAUCGGCCGUAUUCCAGAUGGUACUUCUAAAAAAGCCUGUGUUGCCAAGCAACCAAAUACUGUUCCUCCUACUCCAAGGUCUGAUCUUACUUUUGUCUUUGAUGAGCCACCUCGGGUCAAAUCAACCACUGUUAUCUUCAAAGCCGAUGUAGAUGAAUAUGAUGAUGGUUCACCGACCCUCUGUCAACUUAUGACACAGCGUGCUUUGGCUAGAGCCUUGGCUAAGAUCACUACAGAAAUAGUCAGUGUUAAGCGGAUGGCCAGGGGAGAUGUUAGUGUCACUGCAAAAACCGUUGAGGCUGCCAAAACACUUUUGCAAGUCACAGAACUUGAUGAACAUUUUGUCACCCCUCAUGAGCCUGAAUCCUUAAUGAGAACACGUGGAGUCAUCUAUGGUAUUGAUCUGGAUAUUGAGAUGAAUGAAACUGAGGACGAGUUGAAACCUGUGUUACCUCUAAUGUGCUCUGCUGUGCGUCUGACUCGUGGGCCUGAUAAAGUUCCCACCAAAUCUGUUCUUCUUACAUUUACUGGCCAGUCUUUACCGGAUCAUGUUGUCAUUUUCUUCCAGAGAUUUCCAAUCCGGAUAUAUGUUCCUCCUGCUCUUCGAUGCUUCAAGUGUCAGUCCUUUGGGCAUGUCUCUGCUAAGUGUAGAAGCACUCAUCAUGUGUGCGCUAAAUGUGGAGGGAAGCACAAAUACGAGGAGUGCAAUGAAAGUUCCCUUAAAUGUAAGAACUGUGGUGGUGCACACUCUGCGGCAUAUAAAGGUUGUAUUAAAUACCAGGAAGCUGUCCAGAUUCAGAAAGUCCGAGUGGAGGGUAAGUUGUCUUAUUCUCAGGCUGUUCGACAGGUGCGUGGAGAUUUUGAUGUCGCUCAGGUUCCAGCAGUCCCUAAGCCACCUCCUGCAGCUAAACCACUGUCUCAGGUUGUUACAAUUUCUGAUGUUGUGUCUUCUCCUGUCAUGGUGACUGCUAGUACUCAGACUGAGACUCUUGAAGUUGAAUGUCAGACUGAUCCUGUUGUUGACAUCAUGCCUGAAUCAUCUUGCAAACCUCUAUUUAACAAUGUCUCUCCUGUUGACUUUCUCAACUUUGUUAUUUGUAUAGUUGCUAAUCUUGGCACUACUCGUGCAUUCAAGUCUGAUGGUCUUCAGACGAUAGCGUCAGCUGCCCAGUCCCUCUUGGGGUUAAGAUUGUCCCCUGAUGAUCUGACGAGCAUGGUUAAGAGCCACAAUGGAAGUCUUAAUCCAUCCUUCUUAUGGAUCUCUUGA